CGCUGGGCCGCAGCGGCACCACCACCCAAAGCAAAGCGGAGCUGGGGAAGCGCGAAGGGGACGCAAGGGAGGGAAGCGAAGCGCGGCGCGGCAGCGGACAAACCCUAGGCGUACGUACGGCGGGCGCCACACCCCUCCGGCGGGCAGGCUCCGCACACCUCGGUCGCGGGGCUCCGGUUCGGUUCCGUCGGGUCUCUGACCCGGCCAGGCGGCCAUGUCAAACAGGUCCAUUUGUAAGUUCUUUGUGAAUGGUGCUUGCUUUAAAGGAGACUACUGCCAAUUCUCCCAUGACUGGAAUGAUCAACCAAAUGAUGUUUGCACAUUUUACCAGAACGGUGUGUGCUCUUAUGGUAGCCGUUGCAGAUAUGAACAUGUUGAUGUUUCUUCUGAAUACACCCCAGCAUCAACUACUGCAGCACUUGCACCAUCCAACUCUUAUCGGUCUUGGUGUCCUUUUUACGAGGGGGAAAUAGAUGUGAGCAACCAGACACACAAAAGUUUAUCGGCAUGCUCCGUGCGUCAAUCUACUUGGAGAUUUGAUGAUGAAGAUAGCAUUCCAGAGGAUGGGAACAGCUUGUUAUCAGCACUAAAUGCACAAAACCAAGCGCGCCACCCACUUGCUCAUCUGCCCAUAUGCUCGUUUGCUGCAGCUGGAACUUGUCCUUAUGGGGAAGAGUGCCCUCAGACGCAUGGGGAUCUAUGCACAACCUGUGGAAAACAGUGCUUGCAUCCGUACCGUCCCAGCGAAGGUGGGGCUCAUAUCAAGCUCUGCAAGAGAAACAACAAACGUCUUGAGGCCUUGAAAAAAAGUGAAGAGAUAGAAUGUAGUGUGUGUUUGGACCGUGUGCUUUCAAAGCCCACAGCAGCAGAAAAGAGGUUUGGGCUUCUACCUGAAUGUGACCAUGCCUUCUGUAUCACAUGCAUUAGGAAGUGGCGCAGCAGCUCUCUUACAUCUUCUAUGGAUAUGGACUCUACAGUCAAGGCUUGUCCAAUAUGCCGCAAAGUCUCGUACUAUGUCAUUCCUAGUGCUACAUGGUACUCCUCGAAGGAAGAAAAACAGGAUAUAAUUGACGGUUACAAGGCCAAGCUCAAGUCGAUUGAUUGUAGGUACUUUGACUUUGGAAGGGACACCUGCCCAUUUGGCGGUCGAUGUUUCUACAAGCAUGCCUACACGGAUGGGUGUUUGGAGGAGCCGGCAACUGUGGCAGUGCUUCAUUUUCAUGCCGACAAUGGAAGUAUGGAGGGCGCAAGAAAUAUCGGGUUGGUACUCUCUAUUAGCCUUCUCUAUAUAAUGUGUAAUCUCUGCUUGCUCUCUGAUGGAAAAUUCUGAUGUAUAACCUCUGCUUGCUAUCGGAUGGGAAAUUCUGUUAAUUCUGUUCCAAGAUGCAGAUUGGCGUACUUGCUCAGUCGGUUACAUCUGUAGGGAAGACAUCAAACCAUAUAUCUGUCAAAUUAAGGUUUGUUUUGGUUGGAUGCAAUUCUUUCAGCACCAUUCUUCUAUAAGAUGUUUGCAAUUCUCUGCCAUGCAUUUCUGAAUUUUGUUUUCCACUGAACAUUCAAAACAUCCAGAAAGGAGUUGGGAAGAGAAGUACUUAGCGAACCAUAACUUUCUCUCCAGCCGGUGGUUGCUGCCAACUUAUAAUCCGCAGAAACUUCAGUUUGGUGCCCCGUAAAUCUCCAACAAGUAGUACAAGAGAACUGUAAAGCUAACGACGGCAGAGAAGAUGUCAUGCCUCAGAUCAGCAUGGUCUCCUUGCCAUGAGCAAUCUUUAUGUUGUCUUUGGGCUACGACUACUCCUGUCGAACAGCAGAAUUUCACGUCGUUACCUUGCCUGUGUAUGAAAGGCACUGUAUAUACUCGGUAGUGGUAAAUUCCGUCCGUUUCUCAACCGUGCGCAUCCAUGGAGUAAAUAAUUUGUUCAGGCUA